AUGAAUGAUGAUCCUGCUUAUGAUGAUGCUGAUCAAGAAAACAAAGAAAAUGCUGUUGAACUCGGACAAGGUCCAGCUUAUGAAGCAACUAAUGUGAAAUGGUCACGACCAGAUAUUCCAUCGAUAAAUUGUUCGACAGAUAAACUCAUAUUUCAACAAAUUGAUUUAGAUACUUACACAGAUUCUGAUGGUACGCCACAUAUUCUCGAUAAAAGUCGACCUCAUGUUCGUGGUCAUAAUACAAUUAUACGUCUUUAUGGUGUUACUGAUGAAGGUUAUUCAGUUAUGGCACAUUUACAUGGUUAUAUUCCAUAUUUUUAUGCAUCAGUACCAUCAGAUACAUUUACAGCAGCUGAUUGUGAACGAUUUAAACAAAAUUUUCAUGCAGCAUUACGUAGUGAAAUGCGUGGUAAAGAUGCUAUUGCAUCUGAUCUAGUACUUAAUGUUGAAAUAGAACAAAAAAGAAGUAUAUUUGGUUUUCAACCCGAUUCAAAACGACCACAAGUACUUAAAAUAAGUGUAUUAUUACCAAGAUUUAUUGCAACAUCAAGACGUAUUCUUGAAAAUGGCUUUUCAUGGACUGGAAAUAAAUCACAACUUGAUGGUUAUAAAACUUAUGAAACUAAUAUUGAUUUUGAAAUUCGUCUUAUGGCUGAUUUAAAUAUUGUUGGUUGUAAUUGGAUUGAAAUUCCAGCUGGAAAAUAUUUUAUACGACAUAUGGUAACACGUGGUAUAAGUCAACAAUUAAAACUACAAUCAAGAUGUCAAAUUGAAUUAGAUGUGUGGGCACAUGAUAUUAUUUCAUAUCCAGCUGAAGGUGAUUGGCAACGUAUUGCUCCAUUACGUAUAAUGAGUUAUGAUAUUGAAUGUGCUGGACGAAAAGGUAUUUUUCCUGAGCCUGAGCAUGAUCCAGUUAUUCAAAUAGCUAGUAUGGUUAUUCGUCAAGGUGAUAAAGAAGAAUUUAUUAAAACUGUAUUUACAUUGGGUACAUGUGCAAAUAUUGCUGGUGUUGGAGUUAUGGAAUGUAAAACUGAACAUGAAUUACUUGAAGUUCGAAUGAAAGAAAAAAACUUUUUAAUAUUUAUUUAU